CACCACGAUGCCAGCCACGGGCCGGAGACAGAGGCCCAGGAGGCUUCCCGUUUGGACCCUUAUAGCUGUGUUUUUGGCCAAUCUGCUGGUCCUGACUGACACGUUGGCAGUGAUGUCCGUAGACUUGGGUAGUGAGUCCAUGAAGGUGGCCAUCGUCAAGCCCGGAGUGCCUAUGGAAAUCGUCCUGAACAAGGAAUCCCGGCGGAAAACCCCAGUGACAGUCACCCUGAAAGACAACGAAAGGCUCUUUGGAGACAGUGCAGCAAGCAUGGCUGUCAAGAACCCGAAGGUGACGCUCCGUUACUUCCAGCACCUGCUGGGGAAGCAGAACAACAACCCCCAUGUGGCCCUUUACCGAGCCCGCUUCCCAGAGCAUGAGCUGGGCGUUGACGAACAGAGGCAAACCGUACGCUUUCACCUCAGCCCGCAGCUGCAGUUCUCACCCGAGGAGGUCCUGGGCAUGGUUCUCAAUUACUCGCGCUCCCUGGCUGAGGACUUUGCAGAGCAGCCCAUCAAGGACGCUGUGAUCACUGUGCCAGCCUUCUUCAACCAGGCUGAGCGGCGGGCCGUUCUGCAAGCAGCCCGCAUGGCCGGCCUCAAAGUGCUGCAGCUCAUCAACGACAACACAGCCACUGCCCUCAGCUAUGGUGUCUUCCGCAGGAAAGACAUUAACACCACGGCCCAGAACAUUAUGUUCUAUGACAUGGGCUCAGGCAGUACCGUGUGUACCAUCGUGACCUACCAGACGGUGAAGACAAAGGAGGCGGGCAUGCAGCCACAGCUGCAGAUCCGGGGUGUAGGCUUUGACCGCACUCUGGGAGGCCUGGAGAUGGAACUCCGGCUGCGAGAGCAUCUGGCCGGCCUUUUCAACGAGCAGCGCAAGGGCCAGAAAGCAAAGGAUGUGCGGGAGAACCCCCGGGCCAUGGCCAAACUGCUGCGUGAGGCCAACCGUGUGAAGACUGUCCUGAGCGCCAACGCGGACCACAUGGCACAGAUUGAGGGCCUGAUGGACGACGUGGACUUUAAGGCCAAGGUAACACGCACGGAGUUUGAGGAGCUGUGUGCAGACCUGUUUGAGCGGGUGCCAGCACCUGUGCAUCAGGCCCUGCAGAGUGCAGAGAUGAACCUGGACGAGAUUGAGCAGGUGAUCCUGGUAGGUGGGGCCACCCGGGUCCCCAAAGUCCAGGAGGUGCUGCUGAAGGCAGUGGGCAAGGAGGAGCUGGGGAAGAACAUCAAUGCGGAUGAGGCAGCUGCCAUGGGCGCCGUGUACCAGGCGGCUGCACUCAGCAAGGCCUUUAAGGUGAAGCCCUUCGUGGUUCGAGAUGCGGUCCUCUACCCCAUCCAGGUGGAGUUCACCAGGGAGGUGGAAGAGGAAGCGGGUCUUCGCAGCCUGAAGCACAACAGGCGGGUUCUCUUCUCGCGAAUGGGCCCCUACCCGCAGCGCAAGGUCAUCACCUUCAACCGCUACAGCCAGGAUUUCAACUUCCACAUCAACUACGGCGACCUGGGCUUCCUGGGGACCGAGGAGCUCCAGGUGUUUGGCUCCCAGAACCUGACCACUGUUAACCUGAAAGGGGUGGGGGAGAGCUUCAAGAAGCACCCUAACUAUGAGUCCAAGGGCAUCAAGGCCCACUUCAACCUGGAUGAGAGUGGCGUGCUCAGCCUGGACCGGGUGGAGUCUGUGUUUGAGACCCUGGUGGAGGACAGCCCGGAGGAGGAAUCGACUCUGACUAAACUCGGCAACACCAUAUCCAGUCUUUUUGGAGGUGGGGCUACAGCAGACUCCAAAGAUAAUGGCACCGAAACUGUCCAAGAGGAAGAGGAGACUCCCGCUGAGGGCAGCAAGGAUGACCCUGGAGAACAGACGGAGGUCAAGGAGGACGCUGAGGCCCCAAUGGAGGACCCUUCUCCGCCCCCGACCCCUGCACCCAAGGAGGACUCCACCCCUGAGGGGGAGAAGGCUGCCCCCAAAGAAAACGAGGAGAAACCGGAAGCCCAGAAGCCCAGUGAGAAGGGGGCACCAGGGGCUGAGACCAACCCUCCAGCCCCUGAGGAGGAGAAGAAGCAAAAGCCCGCCAGGAAGCAGAAGAUGGUGGAGGAGAUUGGAGUGGAGCUGGUGGUUCUUGACUUACCUGACCUGCCUGAGGAUGCGCUGGCCCGCUCGUCACAGCGGCUCCAGGACUUGACACUGAGGGACCUGGAGAAGCAGGAGCGGGAGAAAGCGGCCAACAGCUUGGAGGCAUUCAUCUUCGAAACACAGGACAAGCUGGACCAGCCCGAAUACCAGGAGGUGUCCACUGAGAAGCAGCGCGAGGAAAUCUCAGGAAAGCUGAGCGCAGCAUCCACCUGGUUGGAGGACGAGGGCUUCGAGGCCAGCACAGCGAUGCUGAAGGAAAAGCUCGCGGAGCUGAGGAAGCUGUGCCAAGGCCUGUUCUUUCGGGUGGAGGAGCGCAAGAAGUGGCCGGAGCGGCUGUCUGCUCUGGACAAUCUGCUUAAUCAUUCCAGCAUGUUCCUCAAGGGUGCACGGCUCAUCCCUGAAAUGGACCAGCUCUUCACUGAGGUAGAGAUGACAACGUUAGAGAAAGUCAUCAACGAGACCUGGACCUGGAAGAACUCGACGGUGGCCGAGCAGGCCAAGCUUCCUGCUACAGAGAAGCCGGUGUUGCUCUCCAAAGACAUCGAGGCCAAAAUGAUGGCCCUGGACCGGGAAGUGCAGUAUCUGCUCAAUAAAGCCAAGUUCAGCAAGCCACGGGCCCGGCCCAAAGACAAGAAUGGCACCCGCCCAGAGCCUGCACACAACGCCAGCGACCAGGCGGAGAAGGUCAUCCUGCCACCAGACCAACCUGAUGAUGAGAAGCCCAUUCCAGAACCUGAGACGGAGGCUGCAGGAUCCAAAGAUGCAAAUGCAGAACCUCUGGAAUUAGAUGGUCCAGGAGCAACAGCAGAACCUGAGCAGAAGGAGCCAACGACAGGAGAGAAACAAACGUCAAGGAAUGAUGAACUGUAGCACCACAAUCCCUUCCUCAACCUCUUUUUAUUUAUUAGCCUUGGAGGUUUGGGGGUGCUGCCCUCCAUGGCUGGAGAGAUGUUCCUUUCCUCUCCCCUGUGAUCUCGGGGUGGGUAGGGGAGGAGAGCUCACCAUUCCUUCUAGAACAUUCUGUGGUUCAAAAUGAAAUUAUUCUAUUUUCAGUCUCCUCUCCACUCCCCCUCCCCUUGGUUCCCUAUCCAUCCAGGCCCUAAUCUGGGAAAAAAUCACUAUUAUGUCUUAACUCUGCUUGUGGGUAACGGAUGUAGUGGCUGGCAGAAAUGGGCUGACCUGGGUGUCCAGCUCCAGUCUUUGCUUCUUUCCUUUUGUCCACCCUAAG